CGAAUUCCCAGCUCUUGUCUUCAAGCUACGGAGUCAAUAUCGGCUUUCAUGGACUUCAAAUCCUCUCAGGUGGGCGAAGAUGGAUGGAUCAACCGCAACCUGAGUCCUCAGACCUCAAACAAUGACCAUGUCAUUCCCCCUGGGUAGGCUUAUGAGUUCCUCCGGAGACAAUCCAGCCGCUCGCGCACUACUCUGGUUUCCAAGCUUCUAAUCGAAGCUACAACUCCGAGAAUGGCGAAAAACUUUGUGGCCGCGGUGAAGGUGACCCAGAGUGGCGACACUCUGAUCCUGAAAAAUCCGAACAACCCAGCGCUGGAACGCACCUUCUCCUUGGCUUUUGUGACUGCACCGCACUUGAGGAAGGAGGGUGACGAGCCGUACGCCUUCCCAUCCCGGGAGUAUUUGAGAGAGAUGGUGCAGGGAAAGCAGAUGAAAUGCACAAUCACCUACAACAUCCCAACGUCUGGUCGAGACUAUGGUACUAUUGAGUUCCACGAUGGAACCAAGCUCCCCGAUGAGCUUGUCAAGGCUGGUUGGGUCAAGGUUCGUGAGGACGCCGGACGAAAGGAAGAAUCCGAAGAUGUCUUGGAGUAUCUUGACACUCUGCGAUCGUUGGAGGAGCAAGCGAAGAGUGCGGGCAAGGGUCUCUGGGCUGGCACAGGUGGAAUCAUUGAGGUUCAGAACGACCUCGGCACACCAGACUUCUUCCAACAGUGGAAGGGCAAGACUGUUGACGCCAUCGUCGAACGAGUCUUUAGUGGCGAUCGCUGGCUUUGCCGACUUCUGCUAUCCGACAACAAGCAUCUGCAAGUCAUGACUCUGGUUGCUGGCAUUCGUACACCUACCACGGAAAGAACCAACCAGUUGACUGGCACAAACCAAGCAGCAGAAGAGUAUGGUGCAGAAGCUCGUGAUUACGUUGAGACACGCCUACUGCAGCGGAAUGUCAAAGUCCAGAUGGUUGGAGUAAGCCCGCAUGGCCAACUUAUUGGACAUAUUCUUCAUCCCCGUGGAAGUAUUGCCGAAUUCCUUCUGGCUGACGGCCUGGCUCGAUGCAACGACAACCAUUCGACCAUGCUUGGCGAGAAGAUGGCGCCCCUGAGAGCUGCUGAGAAGAAAGCACAAAUUGGUAAGCUUCGACUGCACAAGAACAGCACCGUUAAGGAUGGUGAAGCCAGUGUAUCGGACAUGAUUGUGACCAAGAUCAUCGGGUCCGACCUGAUUGUGGUGCGAACCAAGGCUGGGGAGGAGAAGCAGAUCAGUUUGAGCAGCGUUCGCGGACCACGAGCAAAGGAAGCAUCUGAAGCCCCAUUCAGGGAUGAGGCGAAGGAGUUCCUGCGAAAGAAGUUGAUCGGCAAGCAUGUCAAGGUUGUUAUUGACGGAACGAAGCCUGCAACCGAGGGCUUUGAGGCUCGCGAUGUUGCCACAGUCACCGAGAAGGGCAAGAACAUCAACCUCCAGUUGGUCCAGGAGGGAUGGUGCUCAGUUAUCCGGCACCGAAAGGACGACACUGAUAGAGCACCAAACUACGACGAGCUUCUUGUUGCCCAGGAGACUGCCCAAGCGGAGAAGAAGGGUAUCUGGUCUGGCAAGCCCAACAAGGCCAAGACUUACACCGAUGCAUCGGAAAGCGUCCAACGAGCCAAGAUCCAACUAUCUACCCUCCAACGUCAAAAGAAGGUGCCUGGAAUUAUUGACUUUGUCAAGUCUGGAUCUCGAUUUACCGUACUGAUCCCGCGGGAAGGCGUCAAGCUUACCAUGGUUCUUGGUGGUAUCCGCGCACCGAGAGCCCCUAGAUUGCCCCAGGACAAAGGUGAGCCCUUUGGUCAAGAUGCAUUGGAUCUUGCCAACCGCCGUUGCAACCAGCGUGAUGUGGAAAUUGACGUCCACGACAUUGACAAGGUUGGCGGCUUCAUCGGUGAGCUAUACAUCAACCGUGAAAGCUUUGCCAAAGUCCUGGUUGAGGAAGGUCUCGCAUCCGUACAUCAAUAUUCUGCAGAGAAGGCCGGUAAUUCUGCUGAGCUCAACGCCGCAGAGAAGCGAGCCAAGGAAGGCCGUAAGGGGAUGUGGCAUGACUGGGACCCUUCGCAGGACGAGGAGGAAGCAGUCGCAGCCCCUGAAGCUGCAGCCGAGACUACGGCCACGGACAAGAAGCCUACUGAUUACCGUGAAGUCGUUGUCACCAACAUUGACGAUAAUGGAAGACUCAAGGUCCAGGAAAUUGGCAAGGGCACAUCAGCCCUGGAGAUCAUGAUGAACGAAUUCAAGAAGUUCCACCUCGAUUCCAAAAACAACAAGCCACUCGUCAAUCCUCCGAAGGCUGGUGAUUUCGUGGCAGCCAAGUUCACAGACGACGGACAGUGGUACCGUGCUAAGAUUAGAUCCAACGACCGCACGGCCAAGAUCGCUGAAGUUGUCUACAUCGACUACGGCAACUCGGAAAAGCUCCCGUGGUCCCAACUGCGAGCCCUGGACCAACCCCAAUUCGCGCCCCAGAAGCUCAAGGGCCAGGCUAUGGACACCAUGCUGAGCUUUAUCCAACUUCCCACGGCACCAGAAUACUUCCGUGACGCCGUGAACUUCAUCUACGAGGCCACAGCGGACAAACAAUUGGUUGCUAGCUUCGAUUUCGUCGAUACCAAGGAGGGUCUGAGCUACAUCACCCUCUUCGACACCCAGGCGUCUGGGUCCGUCAGCGGCAACACGUUCACCGAUUCGAUCAACAAGGAGGUUAUCGCCAACGGGUUUGCUCUCGUGCCUACGAAGCUCAAGGCUUGGGAGAGGGGAGCCGUGAGCGCCGACGUGCUGAAGAAGCUUAACCAGGUGCAAUCCAAGGCUAAGGCGGAGAGACUAGGCAUGUGGGAGUAUGGUGAUAUCACUGAGGACUAAGUCCGUGAAUGCGUCCCACGAUAGCCAAAUCAAAGAGUGCGGUCAGCUUGAGUUGAGGCUAGUAAUUAUUGCAUAGGUUCGUUGCGGAAACCAAAACUCGGGGUAUACAAAAAGUACGGCAAGCAUAGUUAUAGGUCUUGAAGGGAACUUAUCGUUAUUGCGGGGGAUCACGAGCCUUUACUUUUGCUCAUACAAAAGCAUCAUUGUCUUCCAAUAUAAUCGUCUUGCAGCAGUUGCUCAUAUAUGUCUAAUCCGUCAUCCAUCCCUAUGCCAGAUGAUGUUGACUACAGUAAAUCAUAGAAAGAGAAGAAAAAUUGGACACACC